AUGAGUCUCACUGAAAGGUAUGACCCAUGGACAACCUUCUUCUACAACACCCGCGACACAAACGAAGAGGCAGUCGGUCUGUGGAAGAAGACGCUACGUCACCGCGACCAGCCAAUCACUAUUGUAGGAGAGGAUGAGAAUUCCUACGCGGACGACACCCGGGAUGGCCGCUGGAGGAGUCGCGAGCGGGUACCGUCGGCCUCGAGGACGGGCCGGGAUGCUUCCACCAAAGAGUAUUGGAAGCGCGUCAGGUCGCUGUCCAGGGAGAACAAGCAGCGCCAAGAGGCUCGAGAGCGGCAUGCGAAAAGGCUUGAACUCGAGGAGCGCCGACGGAGGGAGCAGAUCCUUGCAGAGAGGAAGAAGGAACGGGAUACCCUGAUGAUGAAGUUCCUGCGCGAGCCCAUCCGCCAGCGACGCGCAGCUCAGGCCGCCGAGAAGGCUGCCUCCAAGCGGGUCAAGCAAGAGAGCGACCAGGACAACGACGGAGGAGAAACGUCAGCAGCUAGUAGUGAAGGAAGGAUACAUAGCAGUCAGUCAGUUCCUGAUCUGGAGGAAGCUCUGAGAAUUGUUCGAGGGGAAGACCAGGCCCUGGAUGUCAGGUGA